AUGAUGCUGCUGCACAUGAACGCGGACUACCAUCAUGUGCUGGACAACUGCGAGGAAGCCUGGGUUGCGUGGACAAGUCUGAAGACGCUGUACGGUGGGUCGCAGAAGGCAGGACGCAUCUACCUCAAGCGACAACUUUUCAGUAUAAAGAUGGCUGAAGGCGCGAACGUCAUGCAUCACUGCAACGAGGUCCUCAACAUCUCCGCCAAGCUUAGCGGCAUCGGUGCGAAGAUGGAAGACGAAGACGUUGCAAUUUGUCUGCUACUCAGUCUUCCGAAGAGCUACGAAAAUGUGGUGCUCAACAUGGAAAUGAGCAGCACCGAGCUUCGCACUCAAGAUGUGGUGAGAGUCCUGACGAAUGAGCAUGCCAAGCGUCAAGGAGAAAAAGGGACAACGACAGCGACUACGGUGAAGGCUGAAGAUGCAAGCAAGGCAUUCAGCGCCGAGCGUGAGCCCUACCAAUGCACGUAUUGUGGCAAGGUGGGACACACGGUGGAUCGUUGCUGGACAAAGCAGAAGAACGAAGGUCGGGGAGCCCGACGCGGCGGCAAUGGUCGUGGACGCGGGGCUAACAAUGUCCAGUGGGGACAUCAUGAUGAAGGCAAUGGCUACGAUCGAGUGGCGUUUGCAGUCUCGUUCGAAUGUGGAGUUUCGACGAGCAAGGACGUGUCUGGAAUGUGGGCCGUCGACAGUGGUGCAACGCACCACAUUUGCCACGACAAGACCAAGUUCGCAAGUUUGGCAGAGCGCAAUGAGGGCGAACUCUUGGUGGCUGAUGGCAACAAGGUGGCCAUCAAGGGUGUGGGAACCAUCAUGGAAAAGGUGGUUCUGCCCAACGGUGAAGAGCGUGAGAUCGAAAUCAAGAACGCGCUAUAUGUUCCAAGUAUGAGCAAGAACCUGCUCUCGGUGCCACAGAUUAACAGCCAUGGCAAGUUUCAAGUCGUGUUUGACGGGUCCAAGAUGUAUGUGACUCUCAAGAACUCACAGCAAGUGGUGGCGACAGCGGAUCUCGUGGAUGGACUGUUGCAUUGUAGAUCGGAGCGAGGAAAGCGGAGCAAACGGAGCGGAGAGACCGAAGAGAGUAGAGCAGAAAACACUUGCCCAAUAGUUGGAAGAUUCGAAAGUGAUUGA